AUGAAUAUGGCUCAAUUUUUAGUGGAUGAGAUAAAACAAUUACUACAGAAUCAUCUUAAAAUCAUGUACGUGAUAAAGUUUUGUGCAAUUCUUCUUUUUAUUGUCACACAAAGUUUUACAGCACCAUACAAAUUAUCAAACGGUUGUGGUUAUGAUUCAUGUAACUUGGGUAAAUCGGAUAAACUCAAUGUUCAUAUUGUUGCUCAUACACAUGACGAUGUUGGUUGGCUAAAAACAGUCGAUCAAUAUUACUAUGGAUCGCGUGGAGAAAUUGUUAGACGAGGUGUUCAAUAUAUUCUCGAUUCAGUUGUGCAGGCAUUAGUAGAAAAUUCCGAUCGUCGAUUUAUCUAUGUCGAAAUGGCUUUUUUUUGGCGUUGGUGGAAUCAACAAUCGGACGACAUGCGUAACACAGUCAAACAACUGGUUAAUGAAGGUCGUCUGGAGUUUAUUUCAGGUGGUUGGUCUAUGAUUGAUGAAGCAGCAACACAUUACAAUUCGAUUAUUGAUCAACAUAGUUUAGGUGCCGAAUUCUUGCAUGACACAUUUGGUGAAUGCGCACGACCGAAAAUUGGCUGGCAAAUCGAUCCAUUUGGUCAUUCGCGAGAAGUUGCUUCACUCUUUGCACAGAUGGGCUUUGAUGGUUUAUUUUUUGGACGUGCAGAUUAUCACGAUCUCAUAAUUCGUUCUACGGAAAGGACUAGAGAAAUGGUGUGGCAAGCAAGUAGCAAUUUAGAUCGUCAAAGUUGGCUUUUCACGGGUAUUCUGCCACUUUAUUAUUUUGGUCCGCCACCAUUUUGUUUUGAUAUUACCUGUCGUGAUCCGCCAAUUAUGGAUGAUAAAAGCUUACACGACUAUAAUGUACCGGAACGUGUUGAAAUAUUCAUCGGGGAGGCAUUAGCUCAACGUGAAAUAUAUGCCACCAAUCAUAUCAUCAUGACAAUGGGCGGUGAUUUUUAUAAUCAGAACGCUCAUGAAAACUUCAAAAAUUUAGAUAAAUUAAUUCAUUAUGUUAAUCUUCAGCAAGAGAAUGGUAGUGACGUUAACGUCUUUUAUUCAACACCGUCAUGCUAUUUAUACGCCUUGAAUAAAGCGGAAAAAAAAUGGUCAACGAAAACCGAUGAUUUCUUUCCAUAUGCCAGUACUCCAUUUGUAUACUGGACAGGUUAUUAUACUUCAAGACCAGCAUUAAAACGUUAUGAACGUUAUGCUAAUAAUAUUCUUCAAGUAACUCGUCAACUAAAUGGAUUUUCACAAUCGAAUCUACGAAAUAUCAUUUUCGAUUUGAGUGAAGCAAUGGGACUUGCUCAACAUCAUGAUGCAGUUAGUGGAACAUCGAAGCAACAUGUCGCUAAUGAUUAUGCUCAACGACUCUCCGAUGGUAUCGAUCGAGCAGUAGAAGUGAUCAAUGAUGCCUAUGCGAAACUAUUGUCUAAAGAAAGUCGAACGACAUCGAUCCCUCACCAAUUUCUCUGUCCCUACUCGAAUAUUAGUGCAUGUCUUCCGAUUGAAGGACAAAAUCAAUUUACAUUAACAUUCUGGAAUCCAACCAUUCAUCCGGUAACAAUUUAUCCUCGUGUACCUGUCACUCGAGAAUAUUUAAUUCGUGAUCCGAUAGGAAAUCUUGUUCGAGCUGAAUAUCUUCCGAUUCCAGAUACAAUGAAAAAUAUUCCUGGUCGAAUGAGUUCUGCUCAGAACCAAUAUCUGUUACAAGCAUCAUUGCCAGCGCUUGGUUACAAUACCUAUUAUUUUGAAGCAAAAGUUGAUACGAAUAAAAUCGAACAUAAGAAAGUGACAACAACGAUAAAUGAAGCAUGUAUUCUACAGAAUGAAUAUUUGCGUGUAGAAUUUAAUGAUCGAGGCGAUUUGAAGCAUAUUGUCAAUUUAGCAAAGAAUUUGAUAGUAUCGUUUACUGAACAAGGUUUAUACUGGUAUACUAGUUAUGCUCAUGCUAAUAGUACUCCACUUUCACCAGCAUCAGGUGCUUACAUCUUUCAACCGUUGUUUCCGGAGCCAUUGCCUGUGAGUAUUACGCGUCACAUACAUUGUAUGAAAACAGAUAUUGUACAAAAAGCAUCGAUUAUUUUCAACGAAUGGACUAGUCAAGAAUUCAGUCUCUACCGUAACACAUCAGCAAUUGAAAUUGAAUGGAUAGUUGGACCGAUUCCAGUGGAUGAUAAUAUUGGUAAAGAGAUUAUUAUUCGUUAUAAUACCGAUAUUAAGAGUGAAAAAAAAUAUUAUACUGAUGCUAACGGACGUCAAGUUCUUGAACGUAUUCGUGAUUAUCGACCAACAUGGCAUUAUGUGCCUGAUGACCCUAUUAGUAGCAAUUAUUAUCCAAUUAAUAGUCGUAUUUGGAUUCGAGAUCAAGACCGACAAUUAACUAUUCUUACUGAUCGAUCCCAAGGUGGUGGAAGUAUGCAUGAUGGAUCAAUUGAAAUUAUGGUUCAUCGUCGAUUAUUACACGAUGAUUCAAUGGGUGUUGAUGAAGCUUUAAAUGAAACUGCUUAUGACAAAGGUCUUGUUGUUUCUGGCAAACAUAUUCUUUUUUUUGAUCGACCAUCAAAUAGUGCUCAAUUACAUCGAAUUGGUGCUCAACAAUUGUUUAUGUAUCCUUUGGCGACUUAUGCCUUGCCAAACACAUCGUCUUAUACGAAUUAUUCAGAUAUGUUUCGUCAAAGUUGGUCAGCUCUGUCGGAUGCAAUGCCAUUAAAUGUGCACUUACUAACAUUUGAUCAAUUAGCUCCUAAACAAUAUCUUGUGCGGGUUGAACAUUAUUUUGAGUUGAAUGAAGAUGAAUUCUACUCAAAAUCGGUAACCAUCGAUCUUCAAACAUUGUUCAAAAGUAUUGGUACCAUAAAUGAGAUGACUGAAUUGAUAUUAACUGCCAAUUUACCAUUGUCCGAGUUGCAUCGACUCGAUUGGAUAACAAAAGAUCAAGAAUCGUCACAUAUUGAUAUGUUUCAGCAAUAUUUGUCGAACGUGACGAUAAUCACUCUCAAUCCAAUGCAGAUUCGAACAUUUCAAGUCAUCAUCGCUUAG